AUGUAUUGCUGUGCACGUGGCACGUUUCACUGUCAGUACAUGAAUGGAGUUCAAUUCGAGGCAUUAAAAACGAAAUACAGAACCGACGAGGACAUAGUUGUGCGAUACACGAUACAAGAUAGAGCAUUACCAAACGUCGAUUAUCAAUUCGUUUACGUGAGCAGAGAGAUAGAGAUCCUCGGGACCAGCUCCUAUUUCCGUUUCAUCCUGGCGCCGAAUUUUCACCCGAUCGUUCGAAACUCGAGUACACCAGGGCGUGAUGUUGUCAACAACGUUCGUCUACCUUCGAUCAUGUCGCCGUCCAGUAACGUGGGAAAAGCGAUCGGAUCUAGUAAAUCCAUCGACAAUAUCCAAUCCUAUCGUGUCAGUCGGGCAUUCGCGGAUCAGCGUCAGAGAACAUGUCGAUUUUGUUCGAAAUCGGCAUCGUUCACGACGAAUAAGGUACAGUUUCUGCUGUUGCACAAUGAGCAGUUAGCAGCGAGAGUGAACCGGUUGACUCGCGAUUUGGAGCUGACAGAGGCGGCUGUGAGGAGCGAAAAAAUGGCAAGAGCAGCUUCGAACAAAAGAUUGCAAGCUUACGAGACGUUCGUCGCGGAUAUGUUCAAAUGCUUGAACCUCACUGGGACUGUGAAGAUCAUGGAUAAAGCAGGAAGAGAGAUCAUCGUGCAGGAAGUGAAACGGAAGAAUCUACCACCGACGCGAGACGAGUCGGGUGACAAGUCUGUUCCAAUUCUGGAAGUCUCCAUGUCGAAUCGACCCUCUGCGAUGAAAGAGAAGAACGAAGAAACGAACUCGAACGAAGUGGAAAAUAUUCCUCGAGUAUCGAGUUCCUUCCGAGAAAAUAACAGAGUGGGCAAAGAUUGGGAGGAAGACGCAGAUUAUUCGAUGAAAGCGGAGAUAAAUACGAACGAGGACGAGAAAAAUUUGGAGAUCACGAUGUCGGUAGAGGAGGAAGAAGUUCAGUUCCAAAAGAAGGUUUCGUUAACGUCGAUAGAAGUGAGGGAGAGUCGUGAGAACCAUCGCGGUGGUUACGUAACGAAAGAGGCCACGGGCACAACAAACCAACGAGAAGAUACUAUAUACAGAGUCACCUGUAAUAUCGAACAGCCAAACUGUGUCGAGGACAAGCCAGAAGACGCGAAAAGCGGCAUCUAUGACAAGAAAAUGGCGGAGUAUUCCUCGGCAACCGUGAACUGCUCCAAGUGUUGCUGCGAUUGGCAUUUGAACGCGGCCAAGGCACAUUGCGAGAAUAAGGGAUUCGAUAACGAUAACUCGAAUGAUUGGGCGCUGCAAUGCGAAUGCGACUUGGAGGUGUCCGAUGACAUCUAUCGGAUGAUCGACAACUACGCGGAACCAAAUUGCAGUACCGUAGAACCGAUCAAGGGUGCCCUAUCCGCGAUUCUGAUCAAGGGCAGAAACGCGAAAUUCUCUGUCAUCAAGAAGGUGUCGCCGCGGAGGAAGUCAAGAUGCUUCUGCUCGCGAGCACGUGUACCGCUGCGUCGAAGCGUUCGGAAAACUGACUAA